UUCAGCACUUUGGCGCUGGCAACCCUGGACCCGGAGGCGAGGGAGGCAGGUGCUAGAGUGUUCCUGGCUCACCGAGGCUCUUGUGGCUGGGAAUAUAUAUAUACAGUAUAUUACAGUGAAGGACUGGACCUCUCGCCAGAUAACUUCAGUCAUCGCUGAACGCCACCGUCACCUCCCGGACCACGGUAAUAUAAGACGCUGUUAAAAGGAGAAAUAACGAAGACUGGAAGAGACAUUAAGGUCGUUAAUUAAGACUCAAAAUGUCAGACGGACAAGAUGAUGAGGGCCCAAGACGGCCACGAAACUUGCAAGGACUUCUGAACUUCUGUACAGAAAUAACAGCAAGGGAAGACACGACGGGUCCUUCACAGCUUCAUGCGUUGGAUCCAGAGCGCCGAGCUUUCCUGGAGGAAGCACUGAGUUCAAUGACAGUAGAUGUUGUCAAGAGAUUGGCAGAGGCUCUAAAAUCACUAUGCAAUGAAGCUGUCACAAUGCCCAGUGAAAACGUUGCAGAGCAGGAGAGAGCCAUGGAGAUCAUUGAAGAAUAUGUUGAUGACCUUAACCACGCUGAAGAUCUGCAGAAACUGGGUGGAUUUCCUGUUUUAAUGAAAUGCUUGGACUCUCCUCACACGUCACUUCGCACUGGUGCCGCUAGCUUAAUCGGAGAUAUAUGUCAAAAUUACCUAAAUUGCCAAGAGAGCAUGCUGUCACUCAACAUUAUGCCAGUAUUGCUUGAUAUGAUAGACACAGAUGAAGAUGAUCAAGCAAAAAUCAAGGCUAUGUAUGCUGUAUCAUGUCUUAUUAGACACUGCCCAAAAGGACAAGAGGAAUUUGUUAAAGCCGAUGGUUUGUCUUACUUGAUGCGUGCAAUGCAGUCGGGAGUGGAAAAAUUAAUUGUGAAAUCUGCAUUCAUCUUGACCAAUUUUGUUAGAAAAAAUGAUUCGCAUAAAGCCACAGCAGUAUCCAUGGGAUUUGUUGAGCAGUUAUUGACAAUAUUGAGCAGUGAUAAGUUUGACAACAUUUCCCGAGAACAUUGCACGGCAGCUCUGCUUAAUUUAGCAGCAUCUUACCCACCUGCCCUUGCCGAGUGCCUGAGACCUGAACUAAAUGCUUCAGAGAUUUUGACAUCUAGACUUGACAGCAUUAAAGGCAAAGAAGAACUACAAGAGGAAGAAGGAUACAUCCAGGAGAUACUGGUGUUAAUGAGACGAGGCAUUGGGGAUUGUGAAGAAAAUACAAACAGAUAAUAAAAUAAUAAGUUAAUCCUUGUUGUAUAAUUAACAAAUACAAUACUCGAGCCUCAAAUGAAAUCAGUCAUUUCAUCAUUAAGUAGCUUACUUAGCCAUAUAAUCCAGGUUUGUGAUUCUAUACUACAUUUUAAAUGUCCUCACGACGGUAUUUACAUAUAGUAAAUUAAUAAAUUCAUAUUUGAAAAAUAUGAAAGUUAAGUCUUCUUUUACCAGACAUUGAUCAAUUUUUUAAGUAAACUCACUGUUCUGUGUUGUGCACAGGACUCUUAUUGUUUUAUUAAUGAUUAUUAUAAUUUUGUUUUCAUAUUCUUGCAUCACUUGUAGAUUACAGUACAUUGUAUCAGUUUUUAAAUAUAAAAACAUGGUACAGUACUUUUAAACUAUUUAAGUUAUUCUCAAUUGUAAUUAGUGAUAAAAGUGAACUCUGCUUCACAAGAAAUUUAAAUAAGCAUGUUUGUUCUCGUGUUAAAAAACUUCAAUUAAAUUUAACAUGUAACUGCACUUAGCAUUCAAAAUUAAUCUGACCUUAAUUUCCAAUUGUGAUAAAUUACAUUAGCAGUCUUCUUUAGUUCUUAUGUCUUGAUCUUGUGUAUUCAGGAAAGUCAUUUCUAGAAUGUUUCUAACAUUUUUCUAUUAUUGGUACAUAAUGAUAUUUCUUAAUGAUGCAAUAAAUAUGUAAAACUAU